AUGGCCAUGUCGGCCUCCCAUACUAUGCAAUAAAUUAUAAGCUCCAACAACCUUCCAGUUCACCAGUUGGUCUCAGUACACACCAGGAUGAAGCUGUGGCUUAUAGGGUUGUUUAUUUCAUUAGUUGCCGCCAGACCGAAACAGGCUAGAUUUGAUCCAUCAUAUCCCGAGGAAAAUCCAGGUCUGUAUGAGGGCGAUAUGGAGCUGCAACCUGAACAACAAUCCAACCUAAGAAAUGCUAUAGGAGACACACGAUACCUAUGGCCACAUGGUGUUGUCCACUGGACCAUCGAUAGUCACCAUACAGCAAUUCCAUCACACGUUCAGUUGUUUAAAUCCGCUAUGCAGGAGAUCAUGGAUAAGACGAUGGUCAACGGCAAGAAAUGUAUUGACUUCCAGCCAAGAAGCAGCGAAGCCGCCUAUAUUCAGUUCUCAUAUGGAUCUGGUUGCCAUACACCGGUUGGUUACCAUGGCAGACGAUCUGACGUGACACUUGGUAAUGGAUGUCUGAGAAAAGGAACUAUAAUGCAUGAAAUCUUACAUGCUCUCGGUUUCUGGCAUGAACAAAGCAGAGCUGACAGAGACAACUACGUGAAAAUUCAUUUCGAUAACAUUCAACACGGACACGAGAGAAACUUCGAUAAGUACCAGGUUGGGCCCAAAUUAGAUAUGUUGAACGAACCAUAUGACUAUGGAUCAGUCAUGCACUACAGUGCUUAUGCUUUCGCCGUCGAUAGAAGAAGGGUCACUAUUGAGACUCUCCAGCCUGGAGUGACGAUCGGUCAACGUGUUCGAUUGAGUGAUAUUGACGCAAAGGAAAUUCAGAUUCGUUAUGGAUGUGUUCCAAGACCAGGGUCACCACCAGGUGGCGCAGUAACAGGACCUACUUCCGCCCCACAAGUCACCGUACAUCAUCAGACAGCCACCCCACAUACCUUCCCAUCCAAUUCAGCUGCUACAUGUUCCUUCGACAGUGGUACAUGUGGGUGGACACAAUCAAGAACAGAUGACCUUGACUGGACAAAUGGACAUGGACGUACACCAAGUACAAACACUGGUCCCACGACAGAUCAUCACGGCAGUACUAACGGACAUUACCUAUACUUGGAGGCUUCAAGCCACAUUCAGAAGACUGCCAAAUUAGAUUCCCCGUCCUACCCGGCCGGCCAGUACUGCUUCAGUGCAUACUUCCAUAUGUAUGGACAACAGACAGGCUAUCUGUCAUUCAAUCUUAUCCAGCAUGGCCGUCCUUUCACGAUGAAGAGAUACAGCGGCGAUCAUGGAAACCGGUGGCUUCACAUUAGACUUAGCGUUAACAUUCAUGCUACCUUCCAGUUCGAGAUUGAAGGGCACACCGGAAGUGGUUACCAUAGUGACAUAGCCAUCGAUGACCUGUCGGUUACACCCGGUCACUGUUAAAAGUACUUUGUUGAAACAAUGAAAUUUUCUAUGUUGGUGGUAUAAUAAAUUAUAUAUUUCCAAGAAAA